AUGGUUGACCUCUUAACCAUUGACAGGGGCUUUGGCCCAGGCAAGUGGGGUGAUGGUGACUGGAAUACUGUUGUGGAUCCGAGUUUGGCAUCAACUCGCAAGGACAGGAGCCUUGUCGCUGUUAAGGCUGCCUUUGCAUUCCUUCUGCUCGUGGGCAUGCUUGUUCUCUCAAUCUUUAUUUUUAUAUUGAAAAAGUCAAGAACAGAUGCCCUCAAGCCUAUGCCACUGAUGGCCACCUUGGCAGCCAUGUUCUCAAUGGUGAUCUCUAUGGCCAAUGUGUUUGCUUAUAACAUUUACGGGCUCGAAGUUUCCAAGACCAAGGAGUGGUAUUUGAUCACUUCACUGCUUUCGGAACUUUUCGAGACACUCUCAUAUUGUAUAAUGUUUUAUGUCUUUUAUACUGUCGUCCACGUGGUAAAAGAUCGUAUCACGAAUAUGAGCACCAAGGUAUCUACGACCAUCAAGUACGUGCAUUUGGUGGUCGUGGGCCUCUUUGCAGCACUCGUCAUUAUCGAGUGGAGCUACAUGGUACUCUAUAUCAACUCCGUCGUCCAUAAUGAAUACAUCUUCAUCGAACAGGCCAGUGUUGAGUCAAAGAUUGACACCGCCCGAUGCAUUCUAUUUUGGCUGGCCGCAUGGGAGAUUGUUGGCUGGACUUUCUACCUGGGCCUCAUGACAUCGCGGGGCUCAUCGAAGGUCAAUAUAAAGAUGUCAGCAUAUUUCUUGAUCGCCGCCUCGGGAUUUUUCCUCGGCGAGAAUUUUUAUUAUUUCCUAUGGGAUGUGAUUUACAAGCUGAGAACCGGAAACACAGAUGUGGGCUCCGCCACCGAUAUCAUCCAGGAAAUCGUUCGGUUUGUCUUUGUUCAAGGAUCAUUUUUCGGGCUUAUUUUAUGUUAUUGGCGAUUUCCGGCCCCGGAAGCUCGCUUCGACGAGAUUUCCAGUGAAGAGAACCGGGAGGCUAGAAUUAGCUCGGAUUUUGUUGACCGUAAUGGCUUGGCUGCGCGAGAGGUCGAAGGAAGCACCCCUUUAGAUGGAAUUACCGACAAGAAAGCGGGCAUGUUUGAGGCGGACACUUCACGAGCUAUACUGGAGGCCGAUGGCUCCGAUUACUCCCCAGAUAAGAAAGCUGGCAUUUCUGAGGUAGAUGGCUCAAAGGGAAUCCUGGAGGCCGAUUCAAAACUGGUUCAUGAAGCAGCCAGCUAG